GUGGACGACAUGACGGAUGAAGAGCUGGACCUGUGGUUCGCCAAUUGCGUCCCGCUGUCGAAUCUGCCUACGCCGCCGCCUGCAAAGGAGUGUUAUGGACAAUGGCUAACAAACACGGUCUCAGGCUCGAGUAUCAUAUCCACGACUACAGAACUAUAUGCUGCCACGCUUUGUCGCCUCGUUCCCAGCAACGUCUGCUCGCGCGCUGGCCGGACACCUUGCCCAGCAACCAUUGCGCGGUUCCUCGAGCGAGCGCAGCCCCCUGCGGAGAUUGUUGCGUUUGCCGCAUGCGUGCUGGAUGCACUGAGCUUGCGGUUUGCUAGUUCCUGGAGAGAGGCGCCCGAAGUCAUUCCCCUCGCUGCCAUGGCCAUCGCGUACGGAUUCCUCGCGGACAAGGAGCGCUCGUCGAGGUAUUGGGCGCAGGGAGUGGCCGAGGGCAUGGUCAGUGUGCGGGAGCUGGAGGCGAUGAAGUGGUGUCUACUGAGCGAUAUCGAUUACGGGCUCAUGCGUAUUACGGAAGAGAUGGUUGCGGGCAUGUUGCAGAGGAUGAAGGGUACGAUGAAUGGCAGCAACGAGACGAUCUCGGAAGACAAGAAGUGUCAUCGUUCCUUGGACCUGGAGCCGUGGCGAGGCGCCGCGGUGUGGGUGCACGGCGUGCACACGCCCGAGCCCAGUCCUUGA